UACUUGUUAAAAGUUGAGGGGAUUUCUUUUCGCUUCUUGCCGGAUCCUAUCCAAAUUAAGAAUGCAUUGGAGCUCAAGUCUUCGAGUAGUAAGAAUGGGUUUGAUGGAGUUCCGGUAUUCCAGUCUGAGCUUCUUGUUGUGAGGAAAAAAAAUAAACGUUACUGCCCUGUAUAUUUCAGUAAGGAAGAUAUAGAGAGGGAACUUUCAAAGUAUACAAGAGCAUCAAGAGCAGAUCAACAAAUUAUGGUUGGGAGUUUGGAAGAUGUCUUGAGGAAAAUGGAGAGGAGCGAGAAGAAUUCAGGUUGGGAAGAUGUAAUAUUCAUUCCACCAGGAAGAAGUUAUGCACAACACAUGCAGGAGGUGAUCAAAGAGUAACAAAAGAUUGAGAGACACAGUAUGUAGUUUCAGUUUGAUAAAAUAAAACAACUUCUCUUGAGAUUUUGCAAUAUUAUCAUUGUCCCCAAAGAGCUCAACGCAGUUUCAGUUAUUUUUUUUUCGUUCUUUCCACUCUUUAACACCAUUCAAUCUCUUGGUUCUUACACACCCUAACUUAUAAUUGUUUGUAUGGAUACAAAUGGUAAAUGUAUUUUGGUUUAAAGUUA